AUGUCUACUAUUCAUCCAUCUCUAAUUGUAUUACUCGAUCUCGAAAACGAGUAUAAAGAUUUCGAAAGAUUUUUUGAUUCUCAAUUAUUCCGUCGAUAUACAAAUAAAGAUCAAUGUUUCCAUCAUAUAUCAUCUCGUCUUAACACAAGUCGUCUAUUACACCUCUUUCUCCCGAAAUCCGAACAUGCGAUUGUUGACACACGACUGACCAUCUUCAAUACAAUCUAUUACAUCUACUGUAUUGACAAAUCAAACGUUGAAGCAAUGCAGGAACUGUACAAUGUACCUAUGUUCGUGAAAGUAUUCCACAAACAUUUACUAUCUACCUAUUUACAACAAGCAGCCAUUUCUCAUUUAAUCGAACAAGCCGAACGCGCCCAACAUCAACCGGAUGAACGAGAUAUGGCACUGCAAACGGCAUUCGAACUAACCAAUGCAUUGGCAUAUGAACUUCGUCAACAUAUGCAAGAGAAGAUCGAUGCCUUCAUCUAA